CACCGUUAAUACACUUAGUUUUUCUUUCAGUUCCAUAGUUUCAUACUUUUUUAAACUGAUGCCUUCGUCUCUUCACAAACUUUUUCCCGAAUCAGACAUGCAUGAACGAGACUUAGCUGCUCGUCAGCAAAUGUAUACAAGUAUUUAUGCCAUAGUUUUCUCACCUUGUGGCAAAUACUUAGCAGCUGGUAACAACUAUGGAUAUUGUGCUAUAUUCAGUUUACCAAGUUCCUUGUCUCCUGAAGCCACUGAAAAUUCUUGGAAACCACUGUUUACAUUUAAAGCCUCAGAUGAUGGUCCAAUAUGUUCCAUGACGUCUACUAGUCGAGAAUUAAUAUGUGGGUGCAGUGGCUACAUAAAGGCAUGGCUCUGGAGUCAUAUUAUCAAACGAACAAAUAAAUUGGCCUGGGCUUUGAUUAUACCCACAAAAAGCUUUUCUGUUUCUGAGAUUAAUUCCAUGGUUACUGAUAACAAGAAUGGAGAGAAAAACCUUUAUGCAGGAUGUGGUGACAAUCUUAUCUACAUUUAUGAUCUGGAAACUGGUUCAUUAAAGUCAACAUUGUCAGGACACAAAGAUUAUAUACAUUGUGUGACACUGUGUAACACUCGGCAAGAAUGUGUGUCUGCUGCUGAAGAUGGUACUGUCCGAAUCUGGGAUGCAAGAUCUUCCAAUGAAGCCAUUUGCAUGUUGGAGCCAUACAAGAAUGAGAUGUGUGGCCGUCCAGAAUUUGGCAAGUGGUUAGGAUGCGUUGCCAUGGAUACAGGAGAUGAUUGGCUGGUGUGUGGUGGGGGACCAAAGCUCUCUUUGUGGCACAUGAGAUCUUUGUCUGCAACAACUGCAUUUGAUACUCCCAAGAGUUGCCAAAAACAUGCUUUGAUUCACCAAGAUACAAUUUUAUCAGCCGGCAGUGAGCCCAGUGUGUUCCAUUGGUCGCUAAAUGGCGAACUGAAAGCUAAAAUUCCUUGUACACCAACAUGUGUCUUCAAAGUGGAUGUAAAUACUAACUCCAAAAGUAACAAGGUUCUAUGUGUGGCAGGGAACAGUUCAAAACUCGAUGUGUCUACCAACUUCCGUUAUAAAGCUUUCUCAUUGACAUUUCAUUCAUCUGAAAAUGUUUUCACCAAAUAAAGACUAUUUUACUUCUUUUA